UUGCAAGCUCUCCCUGGUUAGGCAGUAGGCUAUUGAAGCAUUGAUUGAAGCCUCAACAUCAAAACGGUGUCAUCGAUAGUGCUACAAAUGACCAGGUUUCACGCAAUAUAUCAUGGAUGCAGCUCCCUUUGCCGGACUGAGUAACGGUCCCUCAUAUCUGGCCGCUCCGUUUACAUUAUUCAUACGGAGGAGGAGGGUGUGACUUGUUGGCUCUUUUUGCCGCCUGUAUAAAACAAGAAGUUCGCGUAAAACAAAAUACAGAUGGAGAAGGCUAACCCGCUCGCAGUGUCACACAGAGUCCCCUUAAGCCUACGUGACAACUCGCAUACUGUCCCUCUGUGACCAGCUCAUCGGCAGAAUGCCCGCUCUCUGCGUGCUUUAUCUCGCCGCUCUCCUGGGUGCGUUCGUCCGGCUCGCCGAGAGCGCGGGGCCGGUGGUCCGAUGCGAGCCGUGCGACGCCGGGGCGCUCCUGCAGUGCAAGCCCCUACCGAAAGACUGCGUGGAGAGGGUGCGGGAGCCCGGUUGCGGCUGCUGCAUGACGUGCGCCCUCGGCGAGGGACAAGCGUGUGGAGUGUACACUGGACGCUGCGGCUCCGGCUUGACCUGCCAGCACCAGCCUGGGGAGAGCCGGCCGCUCCAAGCCCUGCUGGAGGGUCGCGGAGUGUGCUCCAGCGCGGCAACUAGAAAACUCAGCAGCAGCAUUCUGAUCCCCCCGAUCAAACCAGAGAAUAUCAGGGGUCAUGGACACCAGGGCCAUGCUAACGUAACCAUGACAAUGCCGGUGUUGCCAGGGGCUUCUGGGAGCCUGGACGGUGGGCACAGCAAGGGGUCGCCGCACACCAAGCCCGGAGGAGGCAGGAAGAGCCAGAGCCACAAGGUGGAGACGGUCUCGGGCGGAGCCAACACCGAUAUCCAUAACUUCUCCCUGGAGAACAAGAGGGAGACGGAGUAUGGGCCAUGUAGGAGGGAGAUGGAGAGCAUCCUGAACAGCCUGAAGAUCUCCAACGUGCUGAAUCCCAGGGGCUUCCGCAUACCCAACUGUGACAAAAAGGGCUUCUACAAGAAGAAACAGGUGAGACAGACUUUUGUUUUAUGUCGGAGUCAAAUGGUUGAAACACACACACACUUGCCAACGCACACAUACAGAGCCAGGCGGGCAUGCAGGUAUUACACACAUAUGCACGCAUAUGCACAGGCCCUCAUAUAUACAUGCUAACAUACACACACACCCUCACACACACACACACACACAUGCACAUAUACACACAAUCAUUAGCAAUCAUAAACGCACCCACACAGACACACACAAUCGUGCACACACACAAACAUAAACACACACACCUGGGGAGAUGGAGUAUCAACAUGCAAAAUGGACCUAUGCAUACAUGCCCAAACUCUUCCAGUAAAUUGUUACCUAGCCCGACCCUGGUCCCGCCUACCCUCAUAUGUCCAUGCCCAAACUAAUCUCCCCCCCUACCCCUCCCCCCAGACCCAACAACCCAGGUUGCCUGGACAACGGCAUCAACACCAUAUUAUCAGAAUCACUAAUAAGCAUGUAUUACACUGGUAAAUGUACUGCAGCCGGUGUGUGACUCAUGGCACACAGGAAGCGAAGCUGGUCAGGUGUGUUUGUGGCUGCAUGGCACACGGUGUGGGGGCAGACGCAGGGAUGGUGUGU